UUUUUUACCGUGUGUUAUAUCUUUGCAGCUUGUUCAGCUAAUCGAUUACCAUUAAGCAGACUUCUUCCCACACGGGAAGGAAAACCUAUUUGCUUAAACUUAAGCAAAUUUACCCGUAUAAAUGUUAUGCAAGCAAUUUUGUUAGAGAUUGUUAUUGCAAUGAUUGGACAAAUUUGGAAUCUUUCCCCGACAUUACUCAAGAAUGGUCUUUUUGGAACUUUUGUUGCAAAUGCCUGCUUAGUAGGUCUUGUAGGAUUAAUUGUCUAUUCGUCGUUUAUUAUUGCUCUUGGUCGUUAUCCAAGAUUACCCGUAAUAAGUGGCGCCGCUCGCGUACAACUACAAGGAGGAUGGCUUAAUUAA